GGACAAACGCUAAGCACGGACUGCGCUGUAAGGCUUGUAAGAUGAGCAUCCACCACAAGUGUGCAGACAGUAUCGGACAACAGCGUUGCAUGGGCAAGCUGCCAAAGGGAUUUCGACGGUACUACAGCUCACCACUACUCAUUCAUGAACAGUUUGGCUGCAUCAAAGAAGUGAUGCCUAUUGCCUGUGGAAAUAAGGUUGACCCUGUGUAUGAAACUCUCCGCUUUGGGACUUCCUUAGCCCAGAAAACUAAGAAGGGCAGUUCUGGAAGUGGGUCUGAUUCUCCCAACAGAAACUCUACAGCUGACCUGGCAGAAGUUCCCGAGGAAGGCGAUAGCUCUGCAGGCACCCUUGACAUAAGCAGGAAACGCAGCAACAGCGUGUUUACAUACUCCGAAAAUGGCACAGAACACUUUGGAGAAGAACCAAAAAGUAUACAUUCCCCGGGACCUUUUUAUAAAAGCACGUUACAAAUGAGCACCUAUGUUGCCUUGUACAAAUUUGUACCACAAGAAAACGAAGACUUGGAGAUGAGGCCAGGGGAUAUGAUCACUCUUCUGGAAGACUCAAAUGAAGACUGGUGGAAGGGGAAAAUUGAUGACAGAACUGGAUUUUUUCCUGCUAACUUUGUUCAAAGAGUGCAGCAGGAUGAGAAGAUUUACAGGUGUAUCAGGACAUUCAUUGGCUGCAAGGAACAGGGGCAGAUCACUCUGAAAGAGAACCAGAUUUGUGUGACUUCUGAAAAGGAACACGACGGCUUUAUCAAAGUAUACAGUGGGAAGAAGAAAGGCUUUGUCCCCAUAGACGUCCUAGAAAACAUCUGA